AUGCCUCCACGGCUUACCUCUUUCACCUCCGUAUGGAACAAGGUAAUGCGGCAGAAUAAUAUAGAGAAUGCGAUAUCACCGGAAAAGUCGGUUGUGCCAAAGCGCAAUCCACUCUCUCUUAGUACGCCACAUUCAGCAACUUCUAAGACGACGUCAAUAUUACCGUCGUACAAACAAAGGUCGGAUGAAAGGACCGAAAGCACGCAAUCACAGGAUGGAGCUUCCACGACAUCAGCGAGUAUUUGUGGUAGUUAUGAUGACACGGAUGCUCAUAUGAAGUUGCAAGGAUCCCUUACAUUGACAAGUGCCAUCGGCACUAGCACAUGCGACGUAAAAAUACCCAUCUCGGCAGGCGUAGAUCCGGGGGUAAUGCUAGGAGAUGACGCAGAGUUACUAACAGCAGCGGAUAGACUAGAUGAUCGUCUAGACUACGGGUGCUCGACUCCGGUGCAGAAAAUAAAACAGGAUUGUGAACGAGACGUAAAACUAACCAGCAGUUAUGAUGUAUUCCAGGAGGUUAAAAACAGCAUAACAAAAAAUAUACAGCAAACCCGGGGACAGGAAAUUAACGAAAAUUUUAACCAACUGGUGCGUCACCAUAGACAGAAUGAACGUGUUCCCGACGCAAUCAACGACCCGUUGGAGGCAGGAAUGUUUAGAGUAAUCAUAUUCACAGACACGCACUUAGGGCACAAGGAAUCGGAUUCCGUGCGUGGUAAUGAUCCCUUCAACACUUUUGAGGAAGUGUUAUUCCUGGCUAAAUAUCUAAAUGUAGACGCAAUAUUCCACUCAGGUGAUCUUUUUGAUGAAUCGCACCCAUCAAGAGCUGUUAUAUAUCGUACAAUGGACUUAAUUAGGCGAUAUUGCAAGAAGGCAGACGAUGUGAAUAAUGGAAAUCGCAUCGGUAUCCAAAUACCAAAAAGUUUUGCCAUACGAAGCGCGGCGAGGAGACGAGAGGCGCUGAAGGUAUUUGACCCUCCGACACCAAAUGAGACACAACUGCCUUUCUUUGUCAUUCAUGGUAAUCAUGACAAUCCAACCACGGUAAAUGGACUAUCUCCAAUAGAUCUAUUGGACGUAUCAGGAUUGGUGACAUUCUUCGGAACCGCAACGGAUAUGAACAAAAUAGAAAUACAACCGAUACUAUUGAACAAAGGUCCGGUAAAAGUGGCACUUUAUGGGUUAGGAUGGGUAAAGGAUGAGUGCCUAUACAAGGUAUUCGAACAAGGACGAGUUACUUUUGUACCACCGCAAGACACAACACAGCAGUACUACAAGGUGCUGCUCUUCCAUCAGAAUCGGUAUCCGAGGCGUGGUAAAAACGCUUGCGACUACAUACCGGACCAAUUCUUACCAGAUUGGUUAGACCUGGUUAUUUGGGGGCAUGAACACGAGUGCAUGAAGUUCCCAAUCAGAUCUGAAACACACAAUUUCCAGGUCCUACAGAUGGGAUCCACUGUACAAACAUCGCUGGCUGCGGCAGAGAUGGCACCAAAACAUUGCUGUAUUAUGGAACUAUCUAUGGAUGAUGUGAAGUUCUAUCCAAUCACAUUGGAAACCGCACGCCAACUACACUAUAGCGAUUUGAGCUUAAUGCAGAUGGACCUACCAGCAGGAAGCCCUGAGAAAGAUGUAUUUGCCAAAUUAAUCAUGAAUAUAGAAAACGUCCUUCAAAGUAUGCAGAGCCGGAAUGUAACGACGCUGUGUUCCACGGAAGUUGCGAAGAUUGUGUUACCAAACAAUGCAACUUUUGAUCUAAAGGGUCCUAUUGAUAACGCAAAACGCAUACCAUUAGUACGUAUGCGCGUGGAACAUAGUGGAUUCGACUCUGUCAAUCCACGAACAUUUGGUGCCUAUUUUGUAGACAGAGUGGCGAACCCAACCGACAUAUUGCGAUUCUGGCAGAAACAUCCAAUUCGAAACGUAAAAUCCGAUGUUUCGGUAUCAAACACUGUGUCGGAUCUUAGGAAUACAGUCUAUCCAACUAUGGAAGAAAGUUGCCACCUGAAAUUACUACUAGAAAGAGAGCUCAACGGGGCAGUAGAGCGAUUUGCCGUAGGCAUGGAAACGUCUGCCAUUGGUGAUUACGUAUCGAAGGCCGUAAGGGAAAUGCAAAAGGCCCUUAGUGGAGAUAUGGCGGUGCAUUACGGGGACCAAAUUUCAGACGAAAUUUAUGCGGAACUACUCGAACGUGCUGUAACGGAACGUACCAAUGCCGCUCGCGUCGCUGCUGGCAUAAACAGAGAAAGGGAUCCGUCGGACGGAGCAGAUGAUCCUGGGCCAAUGGGAAUUUCAUUUCAAGCAGCUAAAGCAAUGAUGGUCAACCACAAGCGUGGUGUUCAUACCGAUUUAGAUGGGAUUAGUGGACCGGAUGGUAAGGAUUACGAUGAUCGUCGUCUGUCUGAACCAUUAGCCAGUAUGGAUGUUUCGGAGAUCGAUGGUGGUGUAGGCACUGCCUCCCAUUUAAACUACUCCAUGGAUACAAAUUCAAGUGUAAACUUAAACGAUUCGUUUGAUUUGGGUUCCUCUAUGAUGAAUGAAAGUAACCAUAUGUCAGACUUCAUUCCACAGUCACCCGGAAGGGAUACGGAUGGCCAUAAUGACAAGCCAGAAUCACGAACAGUAGAACCGCCUCCGGACAUACCAUUGAUGGUCAAUAACUUUUAUCAGGGCCGGUCGUUUUACAAACAGACGAUGCCGCAGAGCGGCAACGCACCAACGGUAAUGAAGCCUGACAAGUACCAAGUGCAAAAUGAUAUGAAACGAGAGCGGUGGAGCAAUUCUAACAGUAGUGGAUAUACUACGCCUCGUUCGUUCGUAGGUGAUGCAGUAAAACGGGCCUGUAUCCAAGAAGUGGACCACAAGGUUUUCGCUAUAGACAACGGGGCUCAAAUGCCCCUCGACAGGCUACGUGAAAACACGAAAAUCUCGAUAUAUGAACACGCGGAUUCUGUUUCACGGUGCGAUUCUCCUCUAGGGAUGUCUGAUUUCAACGAUCUGGCGUUACCGCAAUACUCCAAUGGUCUCAAUCGUGCCGGAGACAGCAAACCCAUGUAUACCACUGGUUACACGGCGGCGUCAAGAAAGGUAGAGACGAAUAUUACUCAUGAAUACCGCAGCACAAAGGAGCCGAAAACUACACAGAGGCUAGCUACGGGGAAACGAAGUACCAUAUCGCCAGAGCGCAACUCCAAAAAUGUGGCCGACGACUCGCCGGAUCAAUCAAGCGAUGGCGCCUAUUCACAGGGGUUCAGAAACACCCUCAUAUCUAUGUUUUUUAAGAGGAAAUGA